AUCAUAGAGCCAUAUAUGCCCGAUCGAUUUGUUUGACAGUUGGGGUUUAUACAGGAGAUUCCCGGUGACAUGAUUAGGCCUGAUGAUGCUUAGAGACCACUUAGUGUGAAGUCUUAUAGGGUCAGUUUUCAGCUCAGAUGACCACUCUCAUGUGGGAUAGAUUUGUCCCCGGUGUUGCGUUCAAUCUUCUGCUUGGUAGAUAUACUAGAGUUCCACGUGGCGGACAUACUUGUGCACCUGACUACCUACCAUGGUUUAGGAGAGUUAGCCAUCCUAUAGUCACUCCUAAUGUUGAGGAUGAUCACGGUCUUCCUGAGAGGACCAACGUUGAUUACUGGGUAGGGCGAUUCAUGGUUAAGGUGCAGCGAUCACUUAGUGAGUAUCCUAUGCUAUCAAGGGACACCAGAGCAAUGUUGGAGCAGGUGAUUGAUUAUUGGAAUGUAAUAAAUGGACUUAGAGAUUAGUUGUAAUAUGUAUUUUAGCUUUGACUUUGUUGUUUUAUUAGACUAUGUUUUGGAUGUUGUUAGUGGACAUUUAUGUUUUACACAUUUGUUGGGAAUUAUCAAGUUGACAUUUAUAUAUUAGUUUUUUA